AAAGAGGAAGCAAUAGACCCAUUUCUGGGUUUGAAGAGGAUUCUUCUGAGUACUUAUAGUUUGUUUAGUUUUUUAAUGAAAAAAUAUUGAGUGUUACCACAAUGACAACUCCCUUCCAAGUAAAGACAGCUAAGGGGACAUUGCUGGUUACUUAGAAAGGGAGGUGGGGAGAGUAUAAAUGCUCUGUGUUAAGGCAGCUGGCUGAUUUGGGUUCUUACUUUUGAACAUCAGUCUCUCUGAGAAACCUAACCUCUAUUUUGUGAACUCUGCUCAUCUCCUGGGAUAAGUCCCAGGAUGCGUCUGCUCUGUGCUCUGGGUCUCUUCUUGGCCCUGCUGCAUGUGACCACCUGUCUGCUGAUUGGAGCCUUCAACAUCCAAAACUUUGGACCAGAGAAAUUCGAGAAAGUAGUCAACACUACAAAAGGGAUCAUCAAAGCGAUAGACAUCAUCACAGAGAUUGUCCAGCGCUAUGACAUCAUUCUGAUCCAGGAGGUCCGCUGCAACAACGAUCUGAGCGUACCCAACAGACUCCUGGCUCUUGUUAACCAAGGUUCUCCUCAGUUCAGCUACAUCGUCAGUGAUCCCCUGCCUCUGGAUACCAGCAUCCGCCAUAGGGAGAGAUACCUCUUCCUCUACAGGGAUCAGACGGUGACCGCGACAGGCAGCUUCCAAUACGAUGGCAAGGGCUUCAUGAGACCGCCCUCUGUCGUCAAGUUUUCCUCCACACAGACCGAUGUGAAGGAAUUUGUUCUGAUCCCCAUUCACACCAAACCGGACAAAGCUGUACAAGAACUGAAUGCCCUUGUUGACGUGGUGGAGGAGGCCAAACAAGAAUUGAAGAACAAUAACAUCAUGGUGCUCGGAGACUUCAACGCAGACGGCACGUAUGUCACAGCUGAAGACUGGAAGAAAAUCCCCCUCUUCACCGACAAGGGCUUCCACUGGCUGAUCAAUGGCGUUGCCACUACAAUGGCAGAAAAGACUAUACAGACUCACGACAGGAUUGUCGUCAGCGAUGACAUGAACAAUGGAGUGAUGAAAGGCAGCGCUAAGGUCUUUGACUUCAAGGAUUAUUAUGGUCUUACCCAGGCUCAGGCGGAGGACGUCAGUGACCAUUUCCCUGUGGAGGUGGAGCUGAAGGUGGACCCGCCAGGAAAAGCAAUAAAACGCCCACAUUCAGAUGGUCCGUCAAAAGACCCCAAAAAAAUCAGACCUUGAGUCUGAAUCCGAAUUAGGAUUAUUCAGUUGGAGUAUUUCUGGAACCCAUGCAGCAUUGAAAAAGAAUAAAAAAAUGAUUUCAUUG